UCUCUUCGCGAGUUUUCCGUUCGUUCGAUUUUCCAACUUCACGAAAUUUUGUGAAAACAUUCAGCCGAAGACGACUAGCUAGACAAAACAGGCCCUCGUCGUAGUUGAAGUUCCAUUUUUCCUGCGGACAAAAGUCCUUCAUUCGGUGCUGCGAUCGACCUCCUAGCCAUGGCAAAUGCUUUGGUGCGUUUGAAUACGCUCCCGCGACAACAAAUCGCGGCUCUUGUUCCGGUGCUGAGGGGAGCCAGUGCGUCGUCAUCAGCUGCUUCUAGCAAGCAACAGGUUCGACAGCAGUCCGCUCAGGCGUCGGCUCCGCCACCGCAAACCAAGACCAAGUUCGGGCCGCUUGCUGACCAGGACCGUAUCUUUACUAACCUUUAUGGGCGGCACGAUUGGCGUCUGAAGGGAGCCCUGAAGCGGGGCGAUUGGUACAAGACCAAGGAAAUCCUGCUGAAGGGAACCGAUUGGAUCAUUAAUGAGAUCAAGGUCUCGGGACUGCGUGGACGCGGUGGAGCUGGCUUUCCAACCGGUAUGAAAUGGUCUUUUAUGAACAAGCCAUCCGAUGGACGUCCGAAGUAUUUGGUAGUGAAUGCCGAUGAGGGAGAACCCGGAACCUGCAAGGACCGUGAAAUUAUGCGUCACGAUCCCCACAAGCUGAUUGAGGGAUGCUUGAUCGCUGGCCGCGCCAUGGGAGCCCGUGCUGCGUACAUUUACAUCCGAGGCGAGUUCUACAACGAAGCCUCCAACAUGCAGCUGGCCAUUGCUGAAGCCUACCAGGCUGGAUUGAUUGGCAAGAAUGCUUGCAACUCCGGGUAUGACUUCGAUGUGUUCAUGCACCGUGGUGCCGGAGCUUAUAUUUGCGGUGAAGAGACGGCCUUGAUCGAAUCGCUGGAAGGUAAGCAAGGCAAGCCCCGUCUGAAGCCGCCAUUCCCAGCUGAUGUCGGUGUUUUCGGAUGCCCCACAACUGUAUCCAACGUGGAAACGGUUGCGGUAGCUCCUACAAUCUGUCGCCGAGGUGGAGUCUGGUUUGCCAGCUUUGGACGCACUCGUAACUCGGGAACCAAGCUGUUCAACAUUUCGGGACACGUCAACACCCCUUGCACCGUCGAGGAGGAAAUGUCCAUCCCGUUGAAGGAGCUCAUUGAACGUCACGCCGGAGGAGUUCGUGGUGGAUGGGAUAAUUUGCUGGGUAUCAUCCCAGGUGGUUCUUCGACCCCGAUUAUCCCCAAGAAUGUCUGUGAUGAUGUCCUGAUGGACUUUGACGGACUGGUUCAGGCGCAGACAUCGCUUGGAACGGCUGCCAUCAUCGUGAUGGACAAGUCCACCGACGUAAUCAAGGCCAUUUCGCGUCUGAUCGAUUUCUAUAAGCACGAAAGUUGCGGACAGUGUACGCCAUGCCGCGAGGGCAUCACUUGGAUGUACAAGAUGAUGCAUCGUUUCGUCGACGGAAAUGGGCGUCCGGAGGAGAUCGACAUGCUGUGGGAAAUCUCCAAGCAGAUCGAGGGACACACCAUCUGCGCUUUGGGUGAUGGCGCUGCUUGGCCAGUGCAAGGUCUUAUUCGUCAUUUCCGACCGGAAAUCGAGGCGCGUAUGAAGAAGUACGAACAGAAGGUAGCCGCCAAACAGUGAUAAAUGAAUGAAUCAAUACAUUUUGAUGCUAAAUAAAGCGUAAACCCUGCUUGUUAGAAAUUGAUGCACUUCUUUCGUCAAAUACGUUUUAGCAACAUCAGAAAAGGAGAAAAAGAAAUACUUCGUGUGUAGGUACUGGUAUAAAUACCUUACGAAUAUGUUUAACAAUUCGAACAUUAAUUAACUACAAUAAAGUAUUUAAAAUUGGAAAA